GCCACCAUGAAGCUCGCUGUCCUGUUUGCCCUGGUCACCCUGGCUCUCUGCUGCAGCUCUGUUUCGGCAGGGAUCUGCCCUGCAUUCCUACACGUUAUCCAACAGCUCCUCAUGGGCACAGUUUCUGACUACAUAGAAGCAACUGAACCUUUCAACCCUGAUUUCGCCAUGAGAAACUCCGGGGUCCUAAUGAAGGAAUCGCUGGACAAACUCCCCCAGAUGGCCAAAGAAAACGUCAUGAAGCUCACGAAGAAAAUAAUAAGCAGCCCACAGUGCAAUUAGAACUUAGCAACCCAAAACUCGUGGGAUUUUGAAGCCGA